UUUAUAUGCAAUGUUAAGGUAUAACAUCAUAAAUGGAAAUAAUAGUAAAUAGUAACGUGUAAUAUACAAUUGAUAGAAUGGAAACAAAUAUUUCCAAUAAUGUAACUAAAGACGAUUUCUUCGAAAUAUGUCGAAGCUGCUUUUCCAGACAACAUUUAACACAAAUCGAGAGAGAUGUUCUGGAUCUUUUCAAAAUAGUUCCAGACUACGAGAUUGAAAUUAACGAAGAAUUACCCAACAAAAUUUGUCAAGACUGCCUCAACAAACUAUCAGAUAUAUCAGUAUUUGUGGUAACGAUAAAACAAAACGACUUGUAUUUAAGACAAAUCCUCGAAGACAGCAAAGAACGCAAACCUGUUAGUUGCAAUUUUUUCCAAGAAUACAACGAAAGCGAGCACUUAAAUAAAAAUAUUAAAAUCGAAGUUCUGAAAGAACCCGAAGAAGAAGAUGUCGAAUCGAUUUACACCAAAAACGAGCAAUUGUUACAAAAAUCAGCCUCCUUCGAUUGCGAUCAAUGCGCUAAAACUUUCAAAAAUCCCACGAAUUUGAAAUUGCACCUCCGAUCGCACACUAAAGACACCCCGUACGAGUGCAAAGUAUGCUCGAAAAAAUUCAGGUAUACGUCGAAUUUGAAGAGACAUGUGAACGUGAUUCACAAACAAAUUAAACCGUUCGAAUGCGAGAUUUGCUACAAAAAAUUCAGUACUCAACUAAGAAAAACCGAACACUUUCGCAUCCACACGGGCGAACGACCGUAUUUAUGCAACGAAUGUGGACUGAAUUUCAAAAAAUAUUCCACCUUCUACGCGCACGACCAACGACACAAAAUCCAGUACGGAUUGAUAGAGAAAAAACCGGCGGAAUCGAAGAAAUAUCCGAGGAAAUCCGUGGAACCGUCGCAAUUGAAAUGCGAUUUGUGCUGCAAAUUGCUCUCUUCCAGGCAGGCUUUGUUUCUGCACAAGAAGGUCCAUUCUGGAGAGAAAUCCUUCCUGUGCACCGAGUGUGGAAAGAGUUUCGUUCGAAAGAGCCAUUUGGACGUGCAUUCUAGGAUACAUACGGGAGAGAAACCCUACAAAUGCGACCAUUGCGACAAGCGCUUCAGGCAACUGGCCGUCUACCGAAACCACCUGUUGAUCCACAAGAACCAGCGAUCCUUCAAAUGCGACCUGUGCCCCAAGGCCUUCAUCCAGCUGGGGCAUUUGCAGAACCAUUCGAAGACCCACACGGGCGACAAACCUUACAAAUGCUCGUUCUGCGAGAAGGCUUUCGCUCAGAACGGUAAUCUGCGAUCGCACAUUCGAAUGCACACGAACGAGCGACCUUAUAGAUGUCCUUUGUGUUUCGCUGGGUUCUACGAUUCGAGCAGUUUGAGGAAGCACGGGAAGACUCACGAAUCGAACGACGGAAGUUGGAUACGGAUAAAGGGGUGCAGACAAAUUGCACUGGUGUACAGGGGCCUGUUUCAUAUAACUGACAAGU